GGGGGGGGGUGCGAGAUGAUGCGAGGUCCUCCAUCCAGUGGGGGGCGCGGUGGCGAUGUUGGAGGCGCCCACUCUUGCCCCGCGUUGUCCGUCACCUUCUCGCCUCCGUCCUCGUGGGUCCAAGGGGAGCGACAGGAGAUCGGCCGCUCAGUGAACUCCGGCAUCGGGACCAUGACCAUGACUGAGGCGAGAGGUGCGGCGGCCGCCGGCCGUGGUCGCGCCCAGCAAUCGCUUUCCCUCGAGCCCACGCUGCAGAAAGAGUUUCAGCGGAAGGUGCAGGGGAUGAAGAAGCGGCCGAAGCUUGUAAAGCUAACAUCAGGUGUAAUUUACUUGGGCCACAUACCCAAUGGAUUCUUUGAACCACAAAUCCGGAAAUACUUCUCCCAAUUUGGAACAGUUCGUCGUGUUCGACUUUCACGGAGCAAAAAGAGUGGACAGAGCAAAGGAUAUGCUUUUGUGGAGUUUGAGUGUGAUGAAGUUGCUAAAAUUGUUGCAGAAACCAUGAACAACUACUUAUUUGGUGAAAGGCUCUUGAAAUGUCAGGUUCUUCCGCCAGAAAAAGUACAUCCACAACUUUUCAAAGGUUGUGAAAAAAUUUUUAAGAAACCGACAAACCCAGCAGUUGCUCGUUACAACAAGAAACGAACCCCGGUACAACAGAAAGCUAUGUCACGGAGACUCCUCAUAAAAGAAAAACAGUUGCGAAAAAGACUUGCUGAGAAAGGAAUUACAUAUGAUUUCCCUGGUUUUGCUGCAACGGUGCCUAAAAAGAAGAAAAGAGCUUCUAGAAAAUUGAAUGAUACAGUAAGCAGCCAGGAUGAAACGCCUGUCUGCACGCCUGCUGUUAUAAAACGACGCAAAUCUUUAAAGGGCUUUAAUGAUAUAGAUGAUGAAAUCACAUUCAAAGUACCAUCCUCUGAAAAUACUACUGCAAAGAAAACCAAAUCAAUUGUUUCUUCAGGUGAAAAAGUGAAAAAAACGAAGAAAAUGAUGACUGUUAAAAGAAAAAAUCUAGGCAAUUAAAAGGAAUUUGUAAAGAAGCCAGAGAAACCUAACAACGAUUUAUUUGGAAGAUUGAUGCCUCAUUUUGUGGAAAGUGGUACUGAAACUUUUAAUGAAUCAGUAAGACAAUUAUUUACGGUGCCUUUGCUGUGUUGCUUGUUGUGCAUAGAAAGUUAAAAAACUACAUUUCAAUUUUGUAAUUACAUUUUGCACUUCAUAUCCCAAAAUUAAAAUAUUUUGUACAGUGA